AUAUCAAAAUGUUUUCUCCAAGGAUCACUGAUCAUAGUUCAGUUACUGGUUCCUACAUUGACUACGCUGCAUGACCUUUAUUCUCAACUCGAUACACCGAUGCAGUCUCUGGACUCGGCUAUUGCCACGUUUACUGAGCUUCGACCAUGCGUGGAAUCUUUCCGUGAGCUUUGUAGAUCCCAUGCAUCGGCAAUUUUCUCGCCUCUGAGAGCUGCUCAGUUGGAUCGAAUGGCGAAUUUUCGAGAAGUACCCGAGGAGAAACUGCGGAUGGCUACGACAUAUUACACGUCGGUGAUGUACACAUUAGGGAUUCUUGCUUCAAGGUUACAGGGUUUUCGCUUCGAACUCCAGUGCAAGCUACCUUUCUCAAUGUCCGAUCCGGUUAGAAGUCUACUCGAUUUGGUAUUCUUAACAGUAGAUCAGCUGGUGGCCGAUUGCCUAUUUGCUGCCGAGCCGUCGACGAAUGCUAUUCUUGUAACCAACAAUCUCUUCCCAUUCAACUGUGAUAGUCUGGCUUCUGCCGUCAUAUUCAAACAGUUCGAUGUACAGAUAGUCAGUGAAGAGACCGCGCAGGCUAUCCAAAUGAACAAAGUUCGUGAGGGAUCGUUCUCACCACAUAUUCCGGGUAGUUUUCCGUCAGCUGCUUUGCUUGCCAUGAAACCGACUAGUGGUGUUAAGCGGAACAACGCCACGGCUAAUGCUGAAGGUGGCAAUACUGCUCACAAGAAAUCGGAUGUUAAUAGUAAAGAAUCGGUGAUGUUAUUGCCCUCGUUCAGUGAUAAGCUUAACAGUUGGCAGGCUACGUAUCCACAUCUGUUAUGUACAACCAGGCAAAAGGAUACCGUCCUUCUGGAUAAUCGAGCAGGGCAAGUUGGAAAACGACCUGUAUUCUAUUUCUACAUUCGUGCCACGAGCUUUUCGCCUUCAGGAGGUCUUUCGUACGUGCGAUCGCUUUCAUUACCGUUCACCAUCGCUACACGAAGAAAUCAGUGGUCAAGGUUCAAACAGCUCUAUCAGGCAUACUUCACGGUAAAUGCUGAAGUAAAACGACCACUCAGUGAUAUCGAUUUUCAAUUGAUGAAAGAAAAAAUGGAAUGUGAAGACUGUCGAGAACACUGUACUCCAGAAGGUGAAGAACCAUUACUGACGUUCAAAAACGUCCUAUGUCCACAUCUACGGUAUGAUUGUGAUCAGAAUGUUAUGCGGUUUUCCAUAUGGAGAGGUAUAUUGGAAGUAUUACAAAUUUUCCAAGAUGCUCGUACCAAUGUCAAACAGCUUUGGGAUGACUUCAUUUUGCAUGGUUUAACUGAUAUCAAUGAGGUCAGGAUCUCAUAUAUCGCUGGAGGUAGCAUCUGUAUAUCAACUCGAGGGGAACGAGGAAUCGUACAUCUGGAGCCGAUUGAAUUGAAAAAGUUACAAGCAAAAAGUGCUUUCGAGUAUUUGGCCGACAUAGCCGAAUCGGAAAAGGUA